UUAUUUUUAUUUUACUUUUUUUUUCGCGUCUAGAAAAAAAAACAAACAAAACAAAAUAAAAUAAAAUGGGCCUCCGGGUACUUAAAGUAUUAAAGCCAUUCAUGGCUGCUCUUCCUGAAAUUGAAGCACCUGAUCGCAAAGUUCCUUUCAACCAAAGGUUAUUAUAUACAGUCAUUGCACUUUUUGUAUAUUUGGUAAUGUCUCAACUUCCACUUUAUGGGGUUGUUUCAUCAGAAUCCUCUGAUCCUUUUUAUUGGUUUCGCAUCGUGAUGGGAGCUAACCGAGGCACACUUGGUGAAUUGGGUGUUCUUCCUAUUCUUACUUCUGGUAUGAUUAUGCAAAUUUUAGCAGCUUCUAACAUUAUCCGUGUCGAUUAUAGCUUGAAGGAAGAUCGUUCUUUAUUCUGUGGUGCACAAAAAUUGUUCGCCAUCUUCAUUGCCUUUGGUCAAGCUUCUUUGUUUGUUUUCACUGGUGUCUAUGGAAACCCCAAUGAAAUUGGCUCUAUUCGAUGCGCACUUUUAAUUCUUCAAAUCGUCUUUUCUUCCACAGUAAUUUUAUUGAUGGAUGAAUUAUUACAAAAGGGUUAUGGACUUGGUUCCGGUAUUAAUCUUUUUACAGCAGCCAAUAUUUGUCAAAACAUUUUCUGGAAGACGAUGUCCUUUAGAUUUAUUGAAACAAUUCGUGGACCAGAAAGAGAAGGAGCUCUUGUUUCUCUUUUCAGUUUAUUAGCAUCUCGCAAAAACAAGGUCCGAGCCCUCAAGGAUGCAUUUUAUCGCAGUGAUUUGACUAAUAUGAUGAGUUUAAUUGCAACUGUCAUUGCCUUUGGUGUAGUCGUUUACCUUCAAGGUUUCCGAAUUGAGCUCCCUGUCAAAUCAAACCGUAUGCGUGGUCAACGAGCCUCUUAUCCCAUUAAGCUUUUUUAUACUUCUAGUAUGCCCAUCAUGCUUCAAUCUGCAUUGUUUGCUAAUAUCUUUAUAUUUUCUCAAACACUUUAUAUCUUCUUUGGAAAGAAUAUUCUUAUUCGCAUCCUUGGUGUUUGGGCUCCCAUGGCUGAAUCUAAUCAACUUGAAGCUGUCAGUGGUGUUGCCUAUUAUUUAUCAGCACCUCACAGUUUAAUGGCUGCUAUCGUAGAUCCUAUUCAUACUUUCCUUUAUAUCUCUUUCACACUCUUGACUUGUUCUUAUCUUUCUAAAGUUUGGGUUGAUGUCUCUCGUUCCUCUUCUCGUGAUGUAGCCAAGACACUUAAGGAUCAACAACUUGCAAUUGCUGGUUUCCGUGAUAUCUCUAUGUAUAAAGAAUUACAACGUGUCAUUCCUCCUGCUGCUUCCUUUGGUGGUGCACUCUUGGCUGCUGUUGCUGCAAUUUCAGAUAUCUUUGGUGUUAUUGGAUCUGGUGCUGGUAUCUUGAUGAUGGUCAUGAUUAUCUUUCAAUAUUUUGAAAUGUUUGUUAAGGAACAAAUGGAAGGUAACAUGUCAAUGGAAGCUAUGAUGGCUAAUCAGUAACGAAAGAAAGAAAAAAAAAAGAAAGAUACAUAAAAAAUGAGGGGGUUUUUUUUUUUCUUUUAUUAUGUAGCAUUUUCUUUAUAAAUAUUUGUAUAUUAAUGAAAGGGAAAAAAUAAAUAAAUAAAAUAACCAAUAAUUACACGUUUAA